AUGGAUCGUAUGGAUUCUCCCAGCGGUUUAUCCAAUCACGGCUCGCCGCGUUCGUCGCUCUCACCUUCGCCGCUCGCGCGGCCUGGCACGCGGGGCGCCACCGCCGCGAAUGCCGGCCGCCCUGUGGCGCACACCAGAUCGGGGGAGUCUCCGCGCGCGCCGCCCGCGGUGCAGUCGCUGUGCAAGGAGGGCCUCCACGAGGGGUGGCACCGCCGCUCCGCGUCGCUCGGCAGCUCGCGCCUCGAGAUUGCCGACGACGACUUGGAGGACUUUCAAGAGGAGACCGACACCGCGCACGACGAUCAUCGCGCGGACCGCGAUCACCGCGCGCACAGGGACCACCGCGCGGACAGCGAACAGCGCGCGGAUCGAUGGCGACCGCCGAAGCAAGCCGCGCCCAGGUCAUCGCGCGCCUCUCCGCUUUCCGCCUCCCCGCUCUCCGCGUCGCCGCUAUCUCUUUCCCCCCUCUCCAUCCGCCAUUCGGACGCGGGCGGUAUGGGCUCACCGCGCGCAUUGGGCUCCCCGCGCGCUGUGGGUUCCCCGCGCGCCGUGGGCUCUCCGCGCGCGGUGGGCUCUCCCCGGUCCGUUGGCUCUCCGCGAUCCGUGGGCUCCCCGCGGUCCGCGCGGCUACGAGGCGCUGAAAAGGCUUGGGAUGCCGUGUCGCGGCAGGACUCGGUCCGCAGCACCGGCAGCCUUAAGGGCGACCGAGCCUCGCCCUCAGGCUCGGACUUUGGCGUGUCAGGUCCGCGCCGCGUCAACAGCAUCGGCGGCGGGGGAACUGUAGCGCGCGUGCGCAGCGGCGGAGGAGGCGCAGGCCAUGAGGGGCCGGGGAACAAAGCUCAUUCCCCCCCUACCGGGUUUCCCCCGCGGCCCCGCGGGAUCAUGGUGAAAUCGUCUAGCCUAUCAGUAAGCUCGCUUGAUCAGCCGUAUCGACGGUCCGUGUCGUUCGAUCUCAAAGAAGACGACGACGAGCCCGCGGGCUGCGUCCGAAGCGCGUCGAACCCCGCGCUGCUGCACGUGAGGGGCGGAAGCGGCGCAGACGCGGGAAGGGCGGGGGGAAAGGCGGGGAUUGCGGGACGCGCCGAGGAUGAGGUGGGGGAUGAUAGCUCCAGUAUAGACAGUCUCGAUUGGGAAGGGGAGGAGGACGUUGGGGGAGGGGAGCAGGAGCAGGAGAAGCGCGGGCGGCUCUCUCACGCGGGGUUGACUCCGCGGGACUCCUCCGCGCAACAUUCCGUUCCGCGCAACCGCUUUCCGCAACACUUCGGCGCGCCCCGCGCUGCUGGUUCCAGCCGCGGGGGUCCCGACGGCGCGACCGCGCCAGGCGGUGCGCGCGGCGCGCACCGUCGGUCGCUUUCUUCCCCCGCGCACGACCUUGCGCCGCUCCCCCUCAGCUCCGCGUCGGGGGAAGCGGUGGUGGCGGGAACAGUGCUGGCUCCACGUAGGCAAGCUAGGGAAUUAGAUUACAAUGACGAGAGUGACAAUAGCGAGGGUGACGGCGAGGGGGAGAGGGGCCAGGGGCAGAAGGAGCAACAGGUCAGGCAAGCCGUGAGAGGCGGGGAAAGGCGAGGCGGAGGGGGGGUUGGCGGAGAAUCGGGAGGGGGGGACGUUGUGGCUGUUGGGGGGAGUGGGGGGGCGAUGGGACAGCCGUUUGUGAUGCAGUUCAAGGUCUCUGGGGUGCUGAGUGGAGAGGAGGACGAGGAGGAAGAUGAGGGAGAGGACUUGAGUGAUUUUGAGAAUGAAAGGGGAGGAGAGAGGGGAGUGGAAAUAAGGAAUGCGGCGGAAAGAGGAGCAGGCGCGCGGGCACGGGGAGGAGCGCCUGUGAAGGCAGCAGUGGGGUUGGGGGGGACGGGGGGGGCGGGGAGAGGCAGUGCGGGGAGUGCAGCGCGCGCAGAGGGGUGGCGCGCGCGGGAGGAGCGGGCGCGGGUGCUGGCGAGUGACAGUGAAGACGCCAGUGACGAGGAGGAAGCGGGACGAGGGGGGAGAGAGAGGGGGAGUGUGAGGGAGAGUGAGAGGAGGGGUAGCGAAGGCAUGAGCUUGGAUAGGAACGAUGGGCGGGGCAAUGCUAUUGUUGCUCGCAGUGCUUCUGGUGCUGGCGGUGCUUCUGGUGCUGGCAGUGCUGCGAGUGCUGGUGGUGCUGGUGGGUUUUGCAGUGAUCUGAGUGACAGCGAGGCGGAGGAGGAGGAGGAGCUGCGACAGCUGGCAAGGGAACGGCAGCGGCUGCUGCAGGCGAAGCUCGGGCAGCAGAAACCCACGGCUUUGCACGAGAACGGGCUGCCCGAGAAAAAGGUUGGGGCUGUAAGCAGCCAGGGGGUAGCUGGCAGGGGCAGCAACGGGGAGGGGGCAUUGAGCGAGGGGAGAAGCGGCGCGAAAGUGACAAGUGUGGCAGGGGGGAGGGGAGCAGAGGAGGAUGACGAUGGGUUGGAGCGGGAGUGGGAGUGGGAGUGGUCUCGUGUGCGGCAGAACCAGCGAGUCUCGGAGCUCAGGGCUGCACCGCAGGGGUUCCUCUUUAAGAGUGCUUCUGUUGGUGGCGCUGCUGCUGUGGUCAGCAGACCAGCUAAAGGUGCAGCAGAAGCAGAGGAGGAUGAGGAGGGGGAGGAGGAGGAGGAUGAGGAGGAGUGGGGGGAGAGUCCUGAGCAUGCGUCCAGGGCGCAUUCGCUGCCGCGUGUGGGUGGGUCGGCGGAUCCACGGCUUCUUGGAUUCGUGAAGUCGCAGUCUUUGUCCACUAGUGGCCGCCCGACGACCGCUGACUCAGCAGCGGUUACCAGACGAAGCCGGUACCUGAGGGGAGCAGCAGAGGGGCAGCAGCAGCAGCAACAACAACAACAGAGGCCCCCACCUUGGAGGCAACCCCAUGGGAUGAGCAGGGAGCGGGAUGUUGGGGAGGGGCAGGGGCGGGCAGUGGGACGAGACGCGGGGAGGGACAGGGGGAGGGAGGUUGGGAGGGAGGGAGAUGCAGGAGCAGCAGUGCGACAGGGAGCAACAGCAGCAGGGGGCAGGAGGGCAGUGGGAGGGGAAGGAUUAGCAGCAGGCGAGGGUGGGGGGAAACUGGGGGCUGUUAGGUCUCGUGCAGUGCAGCAACUGCGGAUAGAGGGAGGGGGGGAAGGGGUCAGGGACGGGGGAGGGGGAGGGGGGGGCGGAAGGGGGAGGCACAGGAGAACGAGCUCUGACCCACAGAUAGGGGCAGCGGUGCUGGCACGGAGAGGACAGGGUGUGGGGAGGAGUGGGCUGGCUGGGAGCCGAGCCGGGGAGAGGGCAGGGGAGAGAGGCGAGCUUAGGAGAGAGAGUGGAGUGCAAGAGAGAACGAGGUGCUCUGAAGGGGUGGAUAGGGGUGGAGAGCGGCGAGGUGAGGACGGAAGAGCGAGAUGGGAGGGAUUGGCGGCAAUGGAAGCAGGGGGGUGUGAGUUGAAGGGAGAGGAGAUGUUUGCACAGGAGCCUGCUUUGGAGAGAGAGCUUACAUUCAGGCUCGGAUAA